UUUCUCCCCCCUUCUUCUCUCACUGAACUCUUCCUGCAAAAGAUACAUACAUACAAAAAUGGUCCACAUAAGAACUCACUGCAAAAAAAGCUUUUUUUCAUCAACAACCAAACUUUAAACAUCAACAAAACUUCAAGAAAACAAACCAACAACAACAACAGAAUCCCCCCAAAAGAAACAAUCUUUUUUCCUCCUCUGUAACUCUGCCCCCCCACCCCCACCUCCACCCCACACCAAUGGACUUCAAUUUGAAGCAAUGGAGAAAUCAAGAGAAAAAUGAGUCAUUAGAAGAAGAAAAAUCAACAAAGUUACCAAGACUUGUUCUUCAUCUUGACUCUUUUUCUUCUUGUUAUUCACAUUCUGCUUCUGAUUCUUCUGCUCUUCCAUUGUUUGUAUCUGAACCUACCAGUAAAUUGUCAGCAUUUACUCUUUCUGCAGAUUCAACACUCACUACAACCAAAUUUUCCAGUAUGGGAAUUGGUUACUUCAGCUUAGCUCAGUGGCAAGAACUUGAACUACAGGCUUUGAUUUACAAACAUAUGUUAGCUGGUGCUCCUGUUCCUCAUGAACUUCUCCAUCUUAUUAAGAAGAGUCUCAUCAAUUCAUCUCCUUAUUAUAAUUUUCCUCAACAAUAUCAUCAUUAUCAACAAGCUUUGUUACAAUCAGGAUAUUGGGGAAGAACAAGUAUGGAUGCAGAGCCAGGGAGGUGUAGGAGAACUGAUGGGAAGAAAUGGAGAUGUUCAAGAGAUGUAGUGAGUGGACAUAAGUACUGUGAACGCCACGUCCACCGUGGUCGGAACCGUUCAAGAAAGCCUGUGGAAAUCACCACAACCAUUGCCGCCCCUCGUGGAAGUAAUGCCACCAGCAGCGGGGGCGGCAGUGAAUUCUUUAAAGUAAACCCCGCCAUGAAGAGUAAUGGCGGGGUUACUCCUCAAUUUGCUCUAUCUGGACAUGCAACUUCAAUAGAUCUUCUUCACCUCAAUCAAAGGCCUUCAAAAUCUAUAAUUGAGAAAAAGUGCCCAAUGGAAGCCCAAAUUGAUGGUAAAUCCAGUGGCCGAAUCCUUCGCCAUUUCUUUGAUGAUUGGCCUAGACAACAACUUCAAGAAAAUGAAAAUGCUAGUUCACUGGCUUCUGCAACCAGCCUCUCCAUUUCGAUGCCUGGAAAUCCCUCGUCCGACGUCUCGUUAAAGCUCUCAACGGGAGACAGACAUAACUCUGGUACUCGAGUCAACAACGUUGAACAUUCGACAUGUGGAACGAACCAAGUGGCAUCAAUGGGUGGACCACUAGCUGAGGCUUUAAGGUCAUCGAUGUCCAACUCAUCGCCAACGAGCGUUUUGCAUCACUUGCCACGUGGCAGCACAUCGGAGGCUAGUUAUGUUAGCACUUGAUUAGGCAAGUGCAAUAUUUUUUUUUUUAAAAAAUGGCAAUGGUGUUUUUGGACUCUAUGUUGUAUUAAUUUUUUCCAUCUUUUUGUAUUGAAAGCACCCUACUAAGAGGCAUUGCAAUUAUUGUGUUUGUAUUAUUUUGGUUUGUGUAGGUGAAAUCAUGAAGGUUAUGCUUAUUUCUUUUACAAGUAAGUUGUGCAUGUUGCUAUGUAACUAUUAUUAAACUUUGGAUCUUAUCCCUUGAAAGACUUGA